AUGAGUGCUCAAAGACUGCAGCAGCUCAAAGGACAUAUCCUCCCUGAAGACAAGGUGACACCAAUGGCUGGUCCAGUGAGCCCCCUCUCAACGCAUGUGCUCAACGUUGCCCUAGGGAUUCCUGGUUCAAAUAUGUCUCUAAGUCUUUAUCAUCAAGACGCUUCAUCUGAUAUUUGGAGCUUAGUUACAACUGGAAUCACUAAUGCAGACGGGCGAUGCCCAGGACUGAUUACAAGAGAAUUGUUCACAUCUGGUGUGUACAAGUUAAGAUUUGAGACUCAGCAGUACUGGGAAAGUGUUGGAGAAACAUCAUUUUACCCUUAUGUUGAGAUUGUCUUCACCAUUCAAGACCCUGGACAGAAGUAUCACAUCCCACUGUUAAUGAGUCGCUUCUCAUACAGCACAUACAGAGGAAGCUAG